GUGGGUGCAGCGCAGGGAGCUCUCCUCCUCCUCCUCCUCCUCCUCCAGCCACAGACUGGAGGAAAGUCUCAGCCCGAAGAACUUCCAGACAUAGAUAGAUCUCAAUGCAACAACUUGUAACAACUUGCUGAGGGAACCGAUAGAACUUCCAGCAAAACAUCCCGAAGAGUUAAUUGAGUCACCAACACCGAGAAGCCCUCAUUGUCUACUGGGUUGUGUCUUCUGUGUACCCAUAAAACCGCAGGAACAAGCCACAAGAGUCAACCCACACCACAUCCACAAGGAGAAGAAGAUAGCUUGAUUGGCUUGGAAGGAUCUCAUCAUCCAUCUCUGGAAGCCACCUGAGAUAUCAUCUCAACUUUUCCUCCAGCAUGGAAGGACAGGACUCAGACUACCACUGAUAAUAACUCCUGUUCACGGAUUUUGUGGGUGCUUGGUGUUCUUGUUGACCAUUGGCUAGGUUGGCAGAGGUCAAGUGGUGGUCCUCCUCCUCCUCUUCCCCACCAUCAACCUAGGGAUACAAGAGAUCAAUGUACCUUGUGUUCUUCUGGAACUUUAGAAAAAUGACUUGGAAGACAGUCUUAGGAUGGUAGCUACCGGCCAGGCUACUUGUGUCUAGAGGUUGCCCAGUGCCAGGGUUGGUUGGUUGGUAGACUGGCAUCCAGCACUAGGCAUAAUAAGACUUACUUGUGUUGAAGCCCCAGGACAGUGGUGGUGGCAAUACCUGAGGGGUGGUCGUUCUGGGGUGUUGUGUUCUUAUUCUCGCCCCUUUGUCAUAUUAUAAGACAGUACGUUUUAUUCACAAGGCUUGUUGUGAUGCGUAUCCCCGUAGAUACCAGCACCAGCCGCCGCUUCACGCCGCCCUCCACCACCCUCAGCCCAGGGAAGAUGACCGAGACCUUACCCCUGAGUGCACCGGAUGGCAGCGCCGCCCUGGUGGGCAAACUGAGAAGCGCAGACCGGAACAUGGUGGAGGUCCUGUCUGAUCAUCCUGGAGAACUGGUCCGUACAGACAGUCCGAACUUUCUGUGCUCGGUGCUGCCCACACACUGGAGGUGCAACAAGACCCUGCCCAUUGCCUUCAAGGUGGUGGCGCUAGGGGACGUCCCGGACGGAACAUUGGUCACUGUCAUGGCUGGCAAUGAUGAGAAUUAUUCGGCAGAACUCCGCAAUGCCACAGCGGCAAUGAAGAGCCAGGUUGCUCGGUUUAAUGACCUGAGAUUUGUCGGAAGGUCGGGAAGAGGUAAAAGCUUCACUCUCACCAUCACAGUCUUCACCAACCCUCCUCAAGUGGCGACUUACCAUCGAGCCAUUAAAAUCACUGUGGACGGACCUCGGGAACCAAGACGGCAUCGGCAAAAGUUAGACGAGCAGAUUAAACCAGGCAUGUCGUUUUCCGAGCGACUCAGCGAACUGGAACAGUUGCGCCGAACGGCGGUGAGGGUCAGUCCGCACCAUCCGCCCCCAGCUCCCAACCACAGGUCGUCUCUGAACCACUCCACAGCUUUCAAUCCUCAGACCCAGACUCAGAUACAAGACACAAGACAAGUUCAGACAUCUCCGUCCUGGUCCUAUGACCAGUCCUAUCAGUACCUUGGGUCCAUCGCCACACCUUCUGUCCACCCGGCCACCCCCAUCUCACCCGGACGUGCCAGCGGAAUGACGUCCCUCAGCGCCGAGCUCUCCAGUCGGUUAUCAGGUGCGCCAGACCUGACCGCAUUCAGCGACCCUCGAGUCGGGAUCGAUCGUCAGUUCUCCACCCUUUCGUCGAUUUCGGAUCCACGCAUGCACUAUCCCGGAGCGUUUACAUAUACCCCAACCCCGGUGUCUUCAGGCAUUGGAAUUGGUAUGUCCGCCAUGACCAGUGCCACCAGAUACCACACCUACUUACCACCUCCAUAUCCUGGAUCUUCUCAAGCUCAAGGAAGCCCAUUCCAGGCCAGCUCCCCUUCAUACCAUCUCUACUACGGAACCUCAGCUGGGUCUUACCAGUUUUCCAUGAUGUCCGGAGGAGACAGGUCACCGCCUCGCAUCCUUCCUCCUUGCACUAACGCUUCCACGGGAGCAACUCUUCUCAACCCCAACCUACCUAACCAAAGCGACGUGGUCGAGACAGAAGGAAGUCACAGCAACUCUCCAACCAACAUGGGCACCACGCCAAGGUUGGAGGAAGCGGUAUGGAGACCCUACUGAAGAGCAUCGAGAUGUGAUGGUUCAUCAAGUCUACAUCUGAAUUCACCUACGUACAUGGUCAUCCUGGACGGUUCCAAAGACGUAUCUGAUCUCUCAAUGCUGUGAAGCCAACGGGAUGGAAGUAAAUGGCUUUCACGUAAAUGUGACAGAUUUCCAAUAUGGCGUCUAGAAGGAGCAACUCACGUUGGCAUCCAAAUGGGCUACGAAGAGUGGAUGUUGGCAGUGUGGAACCUCACCGGAAAUUUCUGGAACAUUUCUGUAUCAAUGUAAAUGAUGGAUGCCUAGAUGCAUCCUUCCAUAGCGUAAUUGUACAUUUCAGGUUACUCAGUGGAACUCACUUGUUUUUCGUUCAAUCAUAUGCAAAAGUAAGGUUGUCCCUAUCUCCGGCACCUUGAGCCUCUUUCCUGCUUUUAAUUUUAUAGCUUCCAGGUAUAUUUUACAUUUUUUACGUACAUCUUUUGUAUUAUACUUCAUGUUGAUUUUUUUUUAAAUAUUGGGCAAUGAUGUGUAAUUAUUUCAGUAGCAGUGCCCGCCCCCGAGGAGACCCAAUUUUAUUUAUGUAUAGUAUUCAGGACUUUUUGUUAAUUAUUAUCCCAGUUACAUAAGGAUGUUGUUUACAUUUUUUAUUUUUUGGGGGAAAUUUAAUGUUUUUAUUUUUUAUGUUUUUCCCCCCUCAGGUUAAUUUGAGAUCGUAUUGAUGCAACGUUGCAAUGCUGGACACGUUAACUGUGUUGUAUUCUGUAGGAUGAGAUCGGUCAUGACAUAAGGAUGUGUAUGUGUUCCCUUUCGUGACUUGGGGGCUUCUUGGUCCCGUUAUGGACAGACUCUUAAGAUUAUUAGUUGGACUGACCCAACAGCAGGCCAAUGAAUCCUUCCAUGGGCCUACAUUUUGGGCCCAGCUACAACUUGACCUAUGAGGCCCAACUGAAGACAACCCUGCUAGAAGCUCACUUUGAUUCAGGUCACUAGCAGUGUUGGACUGGGGUUCCUUGGCCCACCAAAGGAAAUUAUUCUUGGGGUCCAAUCUCUAUAUCAUCAAAAAAGUGUAAUGGUUUUGAAUAAAAAAAAAUAAUAGACCCUAGUGGCAUCCUAAUUGGGUUUUUAUGUCCUGGACCUGUAGUAGAGCCUGUGCCCAACUAAGGACCCUCUGGUACUCUGGUGGGCUAGUCCCUGGUCACUACUUACUAGUGGGCUAGACCAUGUUCACUAGUUACUAGAACCUAUCAUGACCUGUAUUUAUGUGUUGGCGCCGAUAUGUGCGCCCUCAGAAUAAUGCCCUUUGCUGGGCCGAUGGUAAACCAGUCCACCAUAUGCGAUUGACUAGCCUUUUACAUGUGAUGGCUACCCUCCGGCACUCCAACUGUGGUAAAACUAUAACUCCCAAGAUGCCCUCUUGCUUGGCUGUUCUCAGAACUCCAUAGAAAUGAAUGGAGCAUGCUGGGAGUUGUAGUUUCACCACACCUGGAGUGCCGGAAGGUUAGCCAUCACUGCUAUAAGGUAUCUGCUUCCAUUACUGACCCAUGACUGUUCAUAUCAAUAUAAUGCUCAAAAAUAUAUAGAUGAGGACCCAGAAUUGUACCCAUGGCGGGACCAGCAGAAACCCCCAAACCAUGGUGGGUUGGGCAUGACCAUUACAUGAAGUGUUUACAUUAUUUUUUUGGAAGGUUCCAAAUGGCCGAGUCUGUAUUUCACCUUCAGUGGAUGGUAAUGAAUGAAUUGGUAACGUGAGGUAUAUUAAAGUGCAGACUACUCAUUUAGUCACUGACUGUAGCCAAAUGUGUAGCUUCCUAUGUAUUAACCACAGAAAUAUGAGAAGAAAAAAGCCACCCAUAGACAUUACAGGCCCAUAACCAGCGAUUCUCAGUAACACCCAUUGUCCAUUGGGACUGCAGUUUUAUUAAAUCCCUUUCAUCUGGAAUCAUUGGACCCCCCUAGGUACCGGAUUAUCAGAUGUUCAUAUAUAUAUGAAACUCGUUAGGGUAAAGAACCAUCAAGCUUUCUGGAAAUUAUUCCACUUUCUAUUGCAGCUGUGUGCUGGAUUAUUGGACUUUAUGGAUUAUCAAAUGGAUUUUUUGUUUUGAGGUAAAUUGAGUUUCAUUUUGUCCGAUAAUAAAAGAAAAUCCAAGUA